UCAAUUUAACGUUGGCGUGCGUCGUAAUGUGUUGUCUGCUGCGGGCGGAGAAGUGAACUCUCUUGUCGGUGUACCAUCUUUGUCAAGAUCAACAGCUGGGUGGGAACUCCGACAAAAAAAGUUGCUUCAAUGACAUUUUCUACAGGGAUGGCAGUUUGACUGUGAAACGAGCCAGCUGUAGUAUUAAGAGUUUAUUAUCCAGGUGGUGUCAUGGAUUUUAAUGUGAAGCGGUUAGCCGCAGACGCUGGUACUUUCCUGAGCCGCGCCGUACAAUUCACAGAGGAGAAGCUUGGCCAGGCUGAAAAGACAGAGUUGGAUGCCCAUUUGGAGAAUCUUUUGGUCAGAGCUGAGAACACCAAGCAAUGGACAGAAAGGAUCAUGAAGCAGACAGAGGUCUUAUUACAGCCCAACCCAAAUGUCCGGCUAGAAGAAUUUGUGUACGAGAAGCUGGAGAAAAAAGCCCCUACGCGAAUGAACAACCAUGAGCUGUUGGGCCAGUCCAUGAUCGAGUCAGGAAAUGAAUUUGGUCCUGGAACUGCCUAUGGAAAUGCUCUGAUAAAGUGUGGAGAGACAGAGAAGCAGAUUGGUGGAGCAGAGCGGGAGUUCAUUCAUAGUUCUGCCAUCAACUUCCUGACACCUUUCAGGAACUUUCUAGAGGGUGACUUCAAAACCAUCCUGAAAGAACGGAAGCUACUGCAGGUCAAGCGCUUGGAUCUGGAUGCUGCCAAAACCAGGCUAAAGAAAGCCAGGAUGGCUGACGCAAGAGCUGCAGCAGAGCAGGAGCUGAGGAUGACCCAGAGUGAGUUUGACCGGCAGGCAGAGAUCACCCGACUGCUGCUAGAGGGCGUCAGCAGCACCCACGCACACCACCUACGCUGCUUGAAUGACUUCGUGGAGGCCCAGACUACAUACUACGCACAGUGUUACCAGUACAUGGUGGAUCUCCAAAAGCAGCUCGGCAGUUUCCCCUCGUCAUUCUCCAAUAACAACCAGUCGUCAGUGUCGGGCGGGGCCAGCAUCUCGGUCCCCACCAUACCCGUGUCGGCCUCCCUGCCCAAUCCGUCUGGCCGCGGCAGCUCGGCCGCGUCGGGCGGCUUCAAUGAACUGCGUAGCUCCAGCGGCAGCCGCAAAGCCCGAGUCCUUUACGACUACGACGCCGCCAGCAGCAGCGAGCUUUCCCUGCUGGCUGAUGAGGUGAUCACAGUCAGCAGCGUCCCCGGCAUGGAUUCAGACUGGCUGAUGGGUGAGAGAGGCAACCAGAAGGGCAGAGUGCCAAUCACCUACCUGGAGCUACUUAACUGAGACCCACAAACGCCCCUCCAGCCCUCUGUAACCAGCUGUGAUCUCAUAUUUAUAUUGUGUUGCAGGGACAGGCCUCACUUUCUCUUCCAUUCAGUCAUUUGACAGUAAGUUUUAUUUGUAUGAAAAGAAAAAGUCUCAGUUUUAGCAGAGAUUCUUCUUUCGAUCAUUCAAGCUGGAAUGAAUAAAAUUGAGUGAAGGGAAAGGAAAUGGACCCAUUCCCCGAUGUGUUUGUAUGCAACUGCAGUACAUUUCUUAAAAAAACUUGCUUCCAUGCCUUUUGUGUUUGAUGCCAUGCAAUCUACAAUACGUGCCAGAACAUCUCCCAAACUGUAACUUUUUUUUUUGCAAAUUUGGUUUUGUUUACACUAUAUAUCUCAGAUGGUGACCUUGGCUUUUAUGUGAGGAUUUUUUUUUCUUCUUCCCUCACUGCAAAUUUUUUCCAAGUAGCGAUAUACAUUUUGUUAUUGCAAAAAAAGCACUUCAGUUUGAAGUGGAGAGUGAUGCAGACUAUUUCAAGUCUUAUUUUAUAAUUGAUAAUCUUACAGUGCAGUUAUGGUUAUCCUAAAUAUAAAUAGUGUUUUUUUUUUUUAACAGUAUGUAAUGUGUUUCAGCUUUAUUCACACGGAGCCUUUACUGGACAGUGCGUAAAACUCAUUGUUCCAGUACAUUUGAUCGAUGAGUUGUAAUCUGCUGAUAGCCAAGCAGUUAUUAAAUUCAAAUGCCAGACAUCAUAUUAAGUGCCUAUCACAGUGAAGCGGCCUUUCUAAAACCAUUUGCCUUUCUUGUAUCUACACCAACAGUAUUGAGACCAUCGACUCAGUCUCCUCCUCCCUUAGUAUUGAAUCCUAAUAUAUCUAUUUAAGUUAUUGACAAUUGGAAACCAGCAUUUCCACAUUCCUUAGUAAGUUGUCAACCAGAAGACGGCUAUUAUCAGAUUAAGUUAUUACUGUGUGUAUUCUUCAUAAAUACAUCAUUUGCUCACAAGAUGUUUAUUUUCACUGGUUUUGGUCGACUGGUGUUUACUUUGAAGAUAAGCGUAGUAAAAAGAAAACUUUACUUUUUUGACAUAACUAAUAUGUCUCAUCAGUUUCCCCUAAAGCUAAAUUUCAACUCCACAUAGAAAUAAAAACAAAGUCUCAUUACAUUCUGGGAGAUUAAAGUAUAUUAUUACACA